UGUUAUACUUUUACUCAGGCAACAAACCCUCGUUCACGGUUCAACUUCAGCAGCCGCGCCUCUAACUUGUAGCAGCGAUACCUCUUCUCUUAUCACUAAAAAAUGACCAAGAGAACCAAGAAGGCCGGUAUUGUUGGAAAAUACGGCACCCGAUAUGGUGCUAGUUUAAGGAAGCAAAUCAAGAAGAUGGAAGUUAGUCAGCACAGUAAAUUCUUUUGUGAGUUCUGUGGAAAGUACGCUGUUAAGAGGAAGGCCGUGGGUAUUUGGGGCUGCAAAGAUUGUGGAAAAGUGAAGGCUGGAGGUGCUUACACAUUGAAUACUGCGAGUGCUGUCACUGUCCGGAGCACCAUUCGGAGGCUGAGAGAGCAGACUGAGAGUUGAAAGCAGUUUACACUUUUCAUUUGUUUCCAAAGCUUAUUUUAAAAUUAUCAUACAAUUUUGGCAGGUCUAUGUUAGGAAUAUUAGUAAUGUGCUACUUUAAAGUUCUGGAAUGAUAUUUAGUUUUAUAUUCUUGAGUCAUUUUGAUGGUGAAAUAAUUAGUAGUUUUUGUUAUCCUCUUUGAUUUGCUAAACCUGCAUUUUGUCUGCAUCUAUGAGAAAAUAUGCUGUGUCUGAUCUUUUUUCUUCA